AUGGGAAGCCAACAAGAGCGUAUUCAGAAUGCAUUGGCUCAAAUGUCUUCAAAGCCAACGCCUGAUAUAGAUUUUACAGUGCAUACCAACGAGGAUGGCUCUAAAAUUUCAACUCAAGAGAGAGCUGUAAAGGAAGUACAAGCACCCGCAAUGCAACCACCAACUGAUGAUCAAUUUUGGUCUUCUGUUGAUCCAACUAAGCCUGAUAUUGCUUUCCUUAAGAAUCAUUUUUACAGAGAAGGUCGCUUACAUGACCAUCAAGCCCUGUUUAUCUUACACCAAGCAACUGAAAUCUUGAAGAAUGAGCCGAACUUGUUAAAUGUUGACGCUCCAAUUACUGUUUGUGGUGAUAUCCAUGGUCAAUACUUCGACCUUAUGAAACUAUUUGAAGUUGGUGGGAAUCCCGCUGAUACUCGUUACCUCUUCCUCGGUGAUUACGUUGAUCGCGGUUAUUUCUCAAUUGAGUGCGUCCUCUAUUUAUGGUCUCUCAAAAUCUGGUACCCUAAUACCCUAUUCUUACUCCGUGGUAACCACGAAUGCCGUCAUUUGACUGAUUAUUUUACUUACAAGUUAGAAUGCAAACACAAGUACUCUGAAUCUAUUUACGACGCAUGCAUGGACAGCUUCUGCGCUCUUCCACUCGCUGCAAUUAUGAACAAGCAAUUCUUAUGUAUACAUGGUGGUCUUAGUCCAGAGCUUAAUACCCUUGACGAUUUGAGAAGGAUUGACAGAUUUCGUGAACCUCCAACGCAUGGUCUCAUGUGUGAUAUCUUAUGGGCAGACCCACUUGAAGACUUUGGAAAUGAAAAGUCUAGUGAUGCCUUUAUGCACAACCAUGUUCGUGGAUGCUCUUACUUUUUUACAUACACAGCAGCCUGUCAAUUUUUAGAGCGUAACAACUUAUUAUCUAUAAUUAGAGCACACGAAGCUCAAGAUGCAGGUUAUAGAAUGUAUCGUAAAACUAAGACAACAGGAUUCCCUUCAGUUAUGACAAUAUUCAGUGCACCAAACUACCUUGACGUUUACAACAACAAGGCAGCUGUCUUAAAGUAUGAAAACAACGUGAUGAAUAUAAGGCAAUUCAAUUGCACACCACACCCCUACUGGCUUCCAAACUUUAUGGACGUUUUCACCUGGUCUUUGCCCUUUGUUGGUGAAAAGAUCACAGACAUGUUAAUAGCGAUAUUAAAUAUCUGCUCCAAGGAAGAGCUUGAAGAAGAAGAGGAAGAAGAAGCUGCAGCUGAGGCAGCCGCAAUCGCAGCAGCGAAUCAAAAGAUUACUGAAGUUGAAGUUGAACCAUCUGCGCCUGUUGUAGAUGUGGGAGUGGUCGAAGGAGACUCACAAGACUCGAUACAAGCACCAACAAUUAUAACGACAAAUAAUCAAGAUGAGGCUAUGGCAGCUGCAGCCACAUCUGAUCUUCGUCGUCAAAUAGUCAAGAACAAGAUAAUGGCGGUUGGGAAGAUGGCUAGGGUGUUUUCACUGUUGAGAGAAGAGAGUGAGAAGGUAUCCGAGUUGAAGGCAUUACACAAUACCAACAAGUUACCAUCUGGACAGUUGGCAUUAGGUGCUGAGGGAAUCAAGGAAGCUAUUGAAAACUUUGAUGAUGCCAAAAAGUCCGAUAUUGAGAAUGAGAGACUACCACCAGAACUAGUGGAUGCAGAUAUAGAUGCGCCAGCAUCACCGGCGUUAUCGUCACCGGGUACACCAACGAAUACAGACGAACCACUGCAAUACUCUGCAGCUAACGGGGUAGCUUCACCAAUGUCACCACAUUCAGGACCAAGCUCACCUGGUUCAGUGGGCAGCUCACCUUCGAUCGCACCUACAAGUACAACAGGGCAUGGACACUCACAGUCAUACGCUUACACACCUUCAACGCCAUUCAGAAGAGGACAUCAUGCAAGACAGCAGUCACUGGGUACUACAUCUACUUCGCCAUCUAACAGACGACGUUCGCUCGACCAAACAAUUUCUCUUAUCAGGGAAGCUAUGGAUCAUGAUUGA